AUUUUUUAUUCUCCAAAUUUUAUGAUUCAACUCCCAAAUCCUCAUUUUGGUUUUAUCCGAUAAACCCUUUGGAGUGGAGAAAAAUGAGAGGGGUGGGUUUAAUGCUACGUCGUUUAGCAGGCGGAGGAAGGGUCCCAUGCUCGGCCGGCCGAUCGCUUUCCAUCGGUGAGAACCUCAUUCCGUCGUCCGCAGGAAUCGCUUUGUGCUCCUCCCCAAUCCUCGCCGGAGACGGCGUCCGCCUUCUUUUCCUCUCACCGACGGCCUCUGCUAGCUUUCAGGGCGUUUUGCUGAAUCAUUCUCGUAGCUUCUCAUCAUCACCCUCCUCAGAUGCAUCCAAGGUGGUGUUAAUUGAGACUGAGGAGCAGUUUAACGAUUCACUUCGCAUGGUCCAAGAUGAAUCUUUGCAUGCAAUAUUCUACUUCACUGCAGUUUGGUGCCCCCCAUUGGCAGGUAGAUUGUUAUCCCCUGUAAUUGGGCAGCUUAGCGAGACAUACCCCCAUGUCACCACAUAUAAAAUAGAUAUCGAUAAGGAGGAGCUAGGAAAUGCAUUGGACAAGCUAAACAUCCACUCUGUGCCCACAUUGCACUUCUUUCAAGACGGUAAAAAGGCCUCAGAGUUCAUUGGGGCAGACGUUAAGCGCUUCAAUGAUACCAUGGAAACACUCUACAAAAAGUGAGGGCUUUGCUCACAAUUCCAGAACAGAUGUAAAAAAAAUUAUAGGGUGUGGAUAUCGAUUUAUUUUAUUUUCAGAAUUUAAUUUGAAUUUCUCUAAGUUGAAAACUAAUUUAUUGUUUCUGUUUUUCUUAUUCCAUUUUUCUGGGUAAUCGAGAGAAUAUAGGUGGCAUUGUGCUUUUAUAUUAGAAUCAUUACCUGACAUUGCAAAUUUGUUUACAUUUUUAGCUGUCAGUGCAUGCAAAAUCAACAGAUACUAUUUUCAGCAGAUCUGUGAACAUUCAUGUCCAAUAGUUCGACUCUGUGUCGUUCUGAAUAUUUUGAUUUAUCAAAUAUGUAUGCGUAUCAAGAGAGCUUGUACAAAUUAAACAGAAGCCGAUUUGCAAAUGAUCCAUUCAGUAGAAAGAGAGCUU